AUGAGCGUUCACAGCUCUCUGUUCUAUCAGAACAACUCCCACUUUCUGCGUCUACCAGCUGAGAUCCGCAACAUGGUAUACGCCUAUGCACUCGGCGGGAACACAUGGUCCAUGAAGACGACUCAGCAUCCGGCCGGCGCGUUCAAAGCGCGCGCCGAAAAUGGUGUCAAGCACGCGCUCUCUCUCCUGAGAGUUAAUCGCCAGAUCUACGCCGAGGCCUACCUCUUUCCUUAUCUCUACAACACCUUCGCAGGUGUCCACAACGGACACCUCCACGAAUGGGUCAAGUCCCUCACCGAUACGCAGCGCACAUCCAUCAAGACUAUCAAGCGCUAUCACAGCGGCUACGUUAUCUAUAUUACGGAUAGUCAGGGCGUCUCCAUCAGUCCCGGUUUCUGGAUGGAUAUGCCACGGAUAGCAGACUGGGGGCUGGACGGUCUGAAGCAGAUCGACGUCGAGGUUACGUUGCGAAAGUGGGGCUGGGACACCGACAAGGAUGAUAUGAAAAGAGUCUUGGAGGAGUCGAUGACUAAAUUGCGCAAGUUGGUGGAGUUCGGGCAUCCAGGUGUUGUUGUGGAUGUCUUCCUGCAGCGCAGGUAUUGA